AGGAGCCGCGCGCGCGGGGCUAGAGCGCCUCCCGCCGGCGGCGGGGCGGCCGCCAUGGCGGAGCUGGGCGCGCACCUCACGGCGCCCCCGGCCGAUGGCGGCGGGGGGCAGCGGCCCAGCGUCUUCGAGGCGGUGGCCCAGGAGAGCCUGACGGCCGCCCUGAGGCCUGCCCUGCGCCACCUGGCCAAGGUGCUGGCCGAGUCCAACCCCGGGCGGUUGGGCUGGCUGUGGCGCUGGUUCGAUGAGGCGUACGCCGUACUGGACCUGCUGCUCCAGCAGCACUACCUGGCCACCUGCAGCGCCUCCUUCUCCGAAAACUUCUACAGCUUGAAGCGGGUACCGCUGCGAGGCCGCCAACGGCCAGCCCUGGCCGCCGCCGGGCUGCCCAAGAAGCAGCACUGGCGGUCCCUCCUGCUGCUCGUCCUCGUCCCUUACCUGAAGGGGAAGCUGGAGAGGCUGGUGGCCAGCCUCCGGGAGGAGGACGAGUACUCCAUCCACCCCCCGUCGUCCUCCUGGAAGCGUUUCUACAGAGCCUUCCUAGCCGCCUACCCCUUUGUCCUCAUGAGCUGGGAGGGCUGGUUCCUGGUCCAGCAGCUGUGCUACAUCCUCGGGAAGGCGCAGCACCACUCGCCCCUGCUGCGGCUAGCUGGCGUCCGCCUGGUCAGGCUGACUGCGGAGGACAUCCAGAGCCUGGAGAGGAAGGUGCCCGUGCCCACCGCAGGGCAGGCACACAGCAUCACAACACGAGUGCAGUCAGCGGUGAGGCGAGCGCUUGGUGGCAUCGCCUUCUCCCUGUCCAGCGGGCUGGCCGUGUGCGUGUUCUUCCUCCAGUUCCUGGACUGGUGGUACUCCUCGGAAAACCAGGAAACCAUCAAAUCCCUGACGGCGCUGCCCACUCCGCCGCCCCCCCUGCAUCUCGACCACGGGGAGGGCUCGGUCCUUUUACCCAAGCUGAAGACGUUGUGCCCGCUGUGCCGCAAAGUCCGAGUCAACGCCACCGCCCUGUCCACGUCGGGCUUUGUCUUCUGCUACCGCUGCGUGUACAGCUACGUGAAGGCUCACCAGCGCUGCCCCGUCACCGGCUACGCCACGGAGCUGCAGCACCUGGUCAAACUGUACUCGCCCGAGAGCUGAACGCCCUGCCCCGUGCUGCCCGAAACAUCGCUGGGGACUGGCUGGGAAGGAAGGCGGUGGAUGAACCCUGCUGCGCUGCUCUCUCACGCCUCCUCCUCCUCAAAGAGUGGGAGAAAAUAGGAAAAGGGGAUCGCUCUCUGGGACUGGGACCACUCAUCAGUUACUGUCGUGGGCAAAACAUGCUCAGUGUAGGGAGAUUAAUAUUUAUUGCCUGCUACUAACAGACAAGAGCAGUGGGGAGCUAUAAAAGCAAGCUAAAAACACCUUUACCCUGUCCACUCUCUUCUUCCUCCUCCCCCCAGGCAGUGCAGGGGAACCCCUACAGCUCAUCAGCUCUGAAGCUCCCCUGAACUUGGCUGCACGGAGCUUUGCUGCCCUCAGAACCUUCAGUAAGGUUCCUGCAGCAGAGUUUCGGAGGGGUUGGACAGCCUCUGCCUGUCAGCUGGCACAGAAAUGCCUUCGUGCACCAACUGAAGGAGAGGAAGCGCUGAUUUAGAUAAUAUGAACGCAGAUCAGAGAACAUUGCUGGUGAAAGUCCUGCUUGAGGGCAUAAGCUAGCAAAUCAGGUAGGAAGAACUGUCUGGGUGAGCUCAUCCUCCCUCAGCUGCCCCCCAGGCACUCGCGAUGCCUGGGGCAGGCCCUGGCACUAGGCUCGUCCAAGAGCCAGGCUCAGACCUCUCUGCUGAUCGCGCUAUUCUUAGGAGUCACCCUGCGUUUUCAGGCUGCUCACCUUUGAAUUAACGAGAACAUCACACCCUUAAUUCCUACCAACAGUGCUAAAUUAAGACUUCUGACUCUUUAAAGGCACAGGGGUUGGUAUGUACAAACAGGGACACAGGAGGGAGGGUGUGUGUUCUCCAAAGGGAGAAAAAUGACAAACCUGAUUAAAGCAGCCCUGUGCCAACUGAUGAACUGUUAGACGUGUCUUUGAAUCUGUUGGUGUCUGCUUUUAUAAAGCAAGAUUCUUUCUUCACUGAGAA